GCGCCCCCUGGUGGGCAGCACGCCGAAUCGCUGUUGCUCGUCACGCUGGGCGGCGCCGGCCUUCGGUAUGCUGUGAGUGGGCGUAGAUUGCGGAGAGGAUAUAUGCAGCGGAGAAGGGCUUGGCUCUUCCAGGCAACCAUGUCAUUCGACAACAAGGACAAGUAUGCUGCAGGGGAUGUCGAGGUCGUGGCGAUCGACGACGACGACAAGGGCUUCGCUCCCGAAAACACGAACAUCCGUGACGCAGGGAAGCUUCAGCGCGGCUUGUCGUCGCGGCACAUCACCUGGAUUGGCUUUGGGGGUGGGAUUGGUGUGGGACUGUUCGUGGGCAUCGGCCAAAGCCUGGCAAUUGCGGGCCCCCUUGGCAUUCUUAUCAGCUUCCUGCUCACGGGCUUUAACGUGUGGUGUGUGAUGCAGAGCAUCGGCGAAAUCGUCGCUCAGUACCCCGUCAACGCUUCAUUCCCAGGUUUCGCAUCUCGGUUCGUUGACCCUGCUUUGGGUUUCACCGUGGGCUGGACGUACUGGUACAACAAUGCCAUCUCCGUAGCGGUGGAGGUCGUCGCUGUAGCGGUGCUCGUUGACUACUGGACUGAUGGCUCAAUUAGUCCGGCGGUGUGGAUUACAAUCGGCCUUGUCGCCAUUUACUGCUUCAACUUGCUGCCAGUGCGGUGGUAUGGUGAAGCGGAGGUAGUCACGGCUUCCAUCAAGGUCCUCACCUUGCUGGGCCUCUUUAUCUGCUCACUGGUGAUUUCUCUCGGAGGCGCGCCGGAUAAGGACCGCCGAGGGUUCCGGUACUGGCGCAACCCCGGUGCGAUGAACACGUACACUGGUAUUGCCGGUGAUUUGGGCCGCUUCCUCGCCCUUUUCCGCACCCUCACGAACUCGGCGUUCGCGUACGGUGGCACCGAGGUGAUCGUGCUUACGGGCGCCGAGGCAAAGGAUCCCAACAGGCAAAUUCCGCGCAACGUCAAGAUCUUUGUGUAUCGCCAGCUCUUCUUCUAUGUUGGCGGCGCGCUCCUGGUGGGGAUGAUUGUCCCAUACACCCACCCGGACCUAGUCAACGGUGCAGGUAACGCCGCGUCCUCUCCCUGGGUGAUCGGCAUCAAGAUGGCGGGGAUCAAAGUUCUUGACUCGAUUGUCAACGCCGCGAUCAUCACCUCAGCCUGGUCUGCCGGCAACACGUACAUGUACAUCGCUUCACGAACGAUCCGCGGACUAGCCUUGAACCGACAGGCGCCCGCCAUCCUCGCCCGCACGAAUAAGCGCGGCGUCCCCUAUUUCGCCGUCAUCGCCACCAUCCCCAUCGGCCUCCUCUCGUAUUUGUCGCUCGGCAAGGGCGGCGCUUCCCAAGCCUUCAACUGGCUGCAGAACAUUAUCGCCCUCAACAUCCUCCUCAAUUGGUCGAUGCUUUGCAUCACCUUCAUCUGCUACUACCGCGCAAUGAAGGCGCAGGGCCGCGACCGCCGCGACCUCUACUGGCGUGGCGUGCUCCAACCCUUCCCGGCGUACUUUGCCGUGACGUUCAGCCUGAUCGUGUGCGUUUUCAAGGGCUUCCCGGUGUUCUUAAAGGGCGCGUGGAACGCGUCGGACUUUGUUGCCGCAUACAUCUCUUUCCCGGUGUAUGUUGUGCCAUUCGUUGCGUACAAGAUUAUCCGCAGGACCCAGUUCGUUCGCCCUAAGGAGGCCGACUUGGACCGUGACCAGAUCAAUCCGGAGGAUGUUGUCCAGGAGAAGGUGCCCACUGGCGCCUUCGGCAAGAUUGCAAGCAAGAUCUUCUGGUAAACCUUCUUGAGUGUGUAGGGAGUGUAGGAGAACUGCAAGUAAGCAGAUGACGAUUUAACGGCGAGCGCCGAAUGUAGUAAACACGAAGUUGUGAAUUGAUCGUUGUUCAGAAUGCAAACGU